AUGGCUCGCAACGUUCCAUACUACUACGCGCCCACGGCGCCGAUGGCCGCGCCGGCUGUCAUGACCAUGCCUAUGAGGCAGAUCUAUGUCAUGCCUCUCACUGUUGUGCCGCCGACACCGGCGCCCUACACGUCCUUCUGGCCCCAUUUUCCGGCCCAGCCUGUUAACGUGCCCCUGGCGCGACCAGUGGCCCCGCAGCUUACCCCUGUGGCACAGCCGCUGGCACCUGUCCCGCCGAAGAUGGAGCACGCCCACGCCCCCAUGGUGCAGUGGACGACCCAGCCGGUGGUGUCUGCGCCCAGUCAAAUGUUUCGCCUUCCUCACCAGCAGGCUGCUAAUGUGCCCUUGGCACGACCAGUGGUUGCGGCCACCAGGUCAUGGGUACCUUUCCCGCAGACGCAGGAGCGUGUGCACGCCUCCAUGGCCAAUGUGCCCUUGGCGCGACCCGUGGUUGCUGCCACCACGUCAUGGGUACCUUUCCCGCAGCCGCAGACAGAGGAGCGUCUGCACGCCUCCAUGGCCAAUGUGCCCUUGGCGCGACCCGUGGUUGCUGCCACCACGUCAUGGGUACCUUUCCCGAAGACAGAGGACUGCCCUAAGCCGGUUGAGGGCCCGAAGCCGGUUGACGGGGUGCAGACGACUACGCCGACGACGACAACUGAGACCGUCGAGUCUGCACCUAGGCCAACGGCUUGUGCCGGCUUGGUGGGGCCAAAUCUCGAAGUGCCCUUGCAGAAGGGCGUCGAGAAGCUCUCAGCUGAGGAGGUGCACAAGCUCCUCGAGGCAGGGCUGUGCUUGCUCAUUGACGUGCGUGGGGAUGAUCGUGCGUCUGGUUACAUCGAGGGUGCGGUGCACGAGCCCACCAGUACCUUCUUCAACAGAGUGCCGGAGCUGGUCGAGAAGUUCUCGAAAGAGAAGCUGGUGAUCUUCCAUUGCCAAUAUUCCUGGCACCGCGGCCCCCAGUGUGCCAAUUGGUACCGCGAGCAGGCGCCGACUUCUCAGCGCGUGGGCGUGCUGGAGGGAGGCUUCCGCGGCUGGGAACGCCAGCGAUUGCCAGUCGUGUACGAGCAGGCCAUGGAUGCCAUUGGGCAGGCGAACGCCGACAACUACGCGCUCUCGAUGGGUAUGCAAGUGGCAGGUGCUGACGCGUGA